UCGAAAUCUGUAGUUCUGCAUAGUUUGAAAUUUCUCGGGUCAAACAUUCAUUCUUUCCAUUAUUUAUUUGAGUUACGAUUCAAUCAAAAACAGUUUUUGAGGAAAAAUGAAACGUUAACGUAAGCACACGUACUGAUUGACGAUUAUCAAAACUUGAAAGAACGUGGUGAAAUAAUUUACUAAAUCCAUCUUUGCUGGGCGGAAAUAACGUUUGACCUAAGCGUUCUGUUUCUUUUUUUCUCGCGGGUUGGCAAGACAGGUCAGUUAGAAAAGUCGUUUUUUUUUCCUGCGGAGGAGACUAGCUCGCAGUUUACGUCAAAAUUCCCUAGGUAACGGGUCAUGUUUUCCUGCAGUGGUUAAAUAGCUGUGAUAGUUGCUAAUACCCCGCAUUAACGAAACGGACGGACAGCGACGAUUCAGCCUAUUAUUCCGACAUGGGACUUGGCGGCUCAAUGUUUUACGAGAAUCCGCUGAAAAGCUAAACUCUCUAAAACCGCGAUAUCCUGAAUACUGAAGGGUUUUCCUUCUCGCUCAUACGGCAGGACACUUCGGCCUCCGGCUGACCUAUCACAUGUGUCAAGCCGCAUAAAGAGUCCGGAAAGAGUUGACCAACGCGACAUCGGCAUGAAAAGCCCGCGGCAUUAAAUGCACGCGGAAGCCGCUUUAAGGCAAAGACUGGUACCUAAUUUAACUCGACCCAGUCUUCAGUCAAGACAAAGGCGGUUGUUUUCGAAUGAGAUUUUGUCUUUAGCUUCUCUUCAGCACGAUCGCAGUGAAGUAAAUUACUCACCAUUGCGAACUUUAAAUCCCUGCAGCCACCAGAUAGGAAUCCACCUUUUCAUCUAGCAUAUGUAAUCACGAUUAAGAAGGAUCGGCAACAGACAAGCGUUAAAGAGCCUGAGAACAGACUACGCUGAAACAAAAAUGGCGACCGCGACUAUGGAUCCCGUGCGUGUUGGUGAUGUAUCGUUCUACGAUCGUUAUGGCUUUGCUGUGUAUAAUCCAGAAUCAGAACUUGCGGGAGAAGAUUGCAGAACUCAUGAAUACAACGAACAAUCCGAUGGGGAAUGUUCCAAAACAAGACAAUUUUGGGCAAAGAUGCUUGAAAAUUGGGAAGAAAAUCAGCUCUUUUCUCCAAAGCAGUUGCGGCACUUCAUUAAACUGGGAAUACCAGAUGGCAUGAGAGGAGAAGUUUGGAACAAGAUGAUUGGUAGUCAGGCUAUCAAGGUUAUCUCCUCAUUUGAUUAUCAGGUAAAUAUCACGAUUAUUAACUCUGACAAAAUCCAGUUCAUUAAUUAUUUUUCACAUGUCCAAGAGCAAAAUUUACUUUCCUCAGGCAAUCAGACCUGGGUUUUUUCUUUCCCUGCAAGUGCAGACAGUUUCAAAAAUUAUACUUUAAAAUUCAUCAAGUACUUUUUGAUCUGGAUUGUAGGAUCACUGAUUGAUAACAAAAAAGAAAACAUGAUGAUGAUAGAUAGCCCUGAUACUGCCAUCAUGACAAGACAGUGGAAAAAGAAACUUCAAAAACAGAUCUCUGUCUUCAGACAGAUCAUGCUAGAUAUUGACAGAUCUUUUCCAAGCCAUAAGAUGUUCAUGGAAGGAACCAAUGAGGGAAAAGAAGGGCGUGCUGCCCUGUUUAGAGUUCUUGCAGUUUAUGCAAUGUACAAUCCUCAAGUGUCUUAUUGCCAAGGCAUGUCCUACAUUGCUGGAAUGUUUCUCAUGAAUAUGGAAGAAGAGGCUUCGUUUUGGUGUCUUGUGUCCAUGUUCGAAAGACCAAAGUACCUAGCUGGUUAUUUUAAUGAUUCUCUCGGCAAGAUUCAGAGACAUGCGGCAGUUUUUGAGAGAUUGAUGAGACAGAGAAGAACCAAGCUUUACAAACACUUGGAAGCGCAAUGUGUAUUACCGCUGAUGUACUUGACGCCGUGGUUCAUGGCCCUGUUUACAUCUCUACCCUGUUGGGACGCUGUACUCGCUAUCUGGGACAUGCUUCUGUUGGAAGGUAUGUCGGUGAUCUUCCAAGUUGCCCUCGCCUUGUUGGAUGUGCUCUCAGUUGAGAUUCUACCGCUGACAGAAAUAGCGCAAGUUUUGCCAAUCUUGCUGCAUCCUCCAGCAAGUCUGGUAACUCGUGAAAAGUUAGUUACAGCGAUCUGGAAAGUGAAACCGAUUCCGAAGUGGGAAAUCGACUCAAUUCAAGCUGUGAUAGACGAAGAAAAAGAAAAUCUUCAAGCUAAGAGAAGUAAAAGAAGUUUGAACGACCAUGACGCCGGAAACAGGAGAAAAAAACAACGAACACUCAGCAACCAACCUUCUCAAGCCCUGCCUGAACCGUCCUUUUUCCAACGCUUCAUUGGGCUGUUUUCAUCAAAAGAAGAGCCUGAGAUUCAAUUCAAAACCAACGACAUAGAGAUGACCACAUUUUCAGUCGUCAGCGGUCAGAGCCCGGAUGUACUGAUGCCUGCGUUAUGUUGUUCAGCGGCAGGAAGAACACUGAAUAGAAGAGGUAGUCCUAGGAGACCCUUAGCCCGGUCCAGACGUCAGCGAAAUAAGGCGUCACAGAGAAGGUCCAACAAUGGGAAGGAUAUGUUAAGAAAACGUCAAGUGGUGUGUCAGGGAACUCUGGGGAGUCCUGUGAGGAGAAAUCAGCGGUUAGCAGGACUACGAACCCCGGUGGGGACAAAAGGCAAAUCUCCCAGCAGUCUGGUGCGAAGUUCUGCCACAAAUCAACACGCCUUCAAGCUUUUCAACACUCCGACACCUUUGAGGCGUUCUCAGCCCAUUGUUUGUGUUAAUUUUGUUUGUAGGAUUCAGAGACAUGCGGCAGUUUUUGAGAGAUUGAUGAGACAGAGAAGAACCAAGCUUUACAAACACUUGGAAGCGCAAUGUGUAUUACCGCUGAUGUACUUGACGCCGUGGUUCAUGGCCCUGUUUACAUCUCUACCCUGUUGGGACGCUGUACUCGCUAUCUGGGACAUGCUUCUGUUGGAAGGUAUGUCGGUGAUCUUCCAAGUUGCCCUCGCCUUGUUGGAUGUGCUCUCAGUUGAGAUUCUACCGCUGACAGAAAUAGCGCAAGUUUUGCCAAUCUUGCUGCAUCCUCCAGCAAGUCUGGUAACUCGUGAAAAGUUAGUUACAGCGAUCUGGAAAGUGAAACCGAUUCCGAAGUGGGAAAUCGACUCAAUUCAAGCUGUGAUAGACGAAGAAAAAGAAAAUCUUCAAGCUAAGAGAAGUAAAAGAAGUUUGAACGACCAUGACGCCGGAAACAGGAGAAAAAAACAACGAACACUCAGCAACCAACCUUCUCAAGCCCUGCCUGAACCGUCCUUUUUCCAACGCUUCAUUGGGCUGUUUUCAUCAAAAGAAGAGCCUGAGAUUCAAUUCAAAACCAACGACAUAGAGAUGACCACAUUUUCAGUCGUCAGCGGUCAGAGCCCGGAUGUACUGAUGCCUGCGUUAUGUUGUUCAGCGGCAGGAAGAACACUGAAUAGAAGAGGUAGUCCUAGGAGACCCUUAGCCCGGUCCAGACGUCAGCGAAAUAAGGCGUCACAGAGAAGGUCCAACAAUGGGAAGGAUAUGUUAAGAAAACGUCAAGUGGUGUGUCAGGGAACUCUGGGGAGUCCUGUGAGGAGAAAUCAGCGGUUAGCAGGACUACGAACCCCGGUGGGGACAAAAGGCAAAUCUCCCAGCAGUCUGGUGCGAAGUUCUGCCACAAAUCAACACGCCUUCAAGCUUUUCAACACUCCGACACCUUUGAGGCGUUCUCAGGUAAGUAGUCUAACUCCUUGCAUUCAAAUAUAGAUUCACCUUUUUUGUACUGGUAAAUGUUGCUCCGUAGUGCGUUGUAGAAAGUCUCGUGUGAAAAAAAGA